AUGCCUGCAUCUUUCAAGAACGUCAUUAUUGCAGUGAGCGGAACAUUUCCAAACCUCCGACAAGCCGACGUGAGGGGACUCGUCGAACAGAAUAGCGCGACUUUCAGCACCUCGGUGACUGAGGAAUGCACUCAUCUCGUGACCACCCAAGUUGAUGUGGACAAACAAUCGACCAAAUACAAAAAGGCCCACAGCCUCCCCAAUUGUCAGAUCGUUUCGCUAUCCUGGCUUCUUGAAUCAGUACAGGCCAAAAAGCCUUUACCAGAGUCAAAUUUUGCGUUUGGAAAUGGGUCAACAUCCCAGGCGGAUACGAAAAGCCAAAACGGCAAUGAUGACACCGAUGUGAAGCCGAAAACCAAAAAGCGAAGUGCAAGCAAAGAAGAGGCCCCAGAGUCCAUCAAGAAGUCGAAAAAUAGCCAAAAGGCCACAACAAAGUGCCUAAAUAUCCCUAUCGAUGAAGGCUUCAACAUGCGGAGCGGCACAUUCAGGCAGCCAACUGUGUUCAUUGAUGACGCAGGGCUGAUAUGGGAUGCGACAUUGAACCAAACAGUGGCAUCGGACAACGCCAACAAAUUUUAUCGCAUCCAACUGCUAGCUGGCACGAAUGGAACCUUCAUGACUUGGACACGCUGGGGUCGGGUCGGCGAGAACGGCCAGUCAGCCAACCAGACGUAUUCGAAUGUGAAAGAUGCAAUGGCAUUGUUUGAGAGGAAAUUCAAAGAUAAGUCGGGCUUGGCCUGGGCGAAUCGUCUGGACACACCCAAGAACAAGAAGUACACAUUCCUCGAGCGCAACUACGAAGAAGACGACGAAAGCUCGGAUGAUAAACCGGAAAAGAAGGCGAAGAAAGAAGAGAAUGCUCCCGCCGCGGAGAGUCUCAUGUCAAAGCCUCUGCAAGACUUGAUGUCUUUCAUUUUCAACCUCGAUCACGUCCUCGAGGCCCUUGCGUCCAUGUCUUACGAUGUGCACAAGCUUCCUCUGGGAAAGUUGAGUGAUAGAACCCUGAAGAGUGGAUUCUCUGUGCUCAAGGAACUUUCCGAGGUCAUCACUGACCCAGCCUCGGCACCCGCCAAAUAUGGCACUGCUUAUGGUCCAACAAUUGAGCACUUGACCAACCGAUACUACACUUUGAUCCCUCACGUUUUCGGACGUAACCGCCCUCCUAUUUUGGGAACAGACGCCCAAAUCAAAAAGGAAGUCGAGUUGCUUGAGGCCCUGACCGACAUGGAUGUUGCCAACGAGAUUAUGACUGAGUCCAAGGAUGAUACUCAGAUCCACGAACUAGAUCGCCAGUUCCAAGGCUUGGGAAUGAAGGAAAUGGUUGAAUUGGAUCACUCAUCAACAGAGUUCGAAGAGCUCGAGAGCUACCUGCAAACAUCUCGCGGUAGCACCCAUAACAUGAACUACAAGGUGGUCAACAUCUUCCGUAUCGAGCGCCAGGGUGAGACCGAACGCUUCAAUUCAUCCAAAUACGCCAAGAUCAAAAACGGCGACCGCCGUCUCCUCUGGCACGGCUCUCGCAGUACCAACUUCGGUGGUAUUCUUAGCCAAGGUCUCCGCAUUGCACCCCCUGAAGCACCCGUCAACGGCUACAUGUUUGGAAAGGGCGUCUACCUAGCCGAUACCUCCAGCAAGUCCGCGAACUACUGUUGUCCCUACAACAGCGGUGGAAUGGGCCUCCUUCUUCUUUGCGACGCCGAGCUAGGUUCCCCCAUGCUGGAACUAGAGCGCAGCAAUUACAAUGCCGGCGAAGAUGCUCUGAAGGAAGGCAAGAUUGCCACCCUUGGGAAGGGUCAUCAUGUUCCAGGUGGAUGGAAAGAUGCUGGCUGUGUCAAUCCUAAUCUGGCAGGUGUCAAAAUGCCAGAUGUGGCAAUUAAAAAUCCCGCUCAUAACAACGGUGGGCUGUUCUAUAACGAGUACAUCGUUUAUGACGUUGCGCAGAUUCGCCAAAGAUACCUGUUCCAGGUCAAGAUGAACUGA